ACCAUAGAGAUGCGAGUGCACAUGGACUGCGCUGGAUGCGAAAGCAAGGUAAAAGAUACGCUUCUAAAACUAAAAGGCGUGGACGAUGUUGACAUAGACAUGGCGACGCAGAAAGUGACGGUCACCGGAUGGGCAGACCAAAAGAAGGUUCUUAAGACAGUGAGGAAGACCGGGCGGAGGGCAGAACUGUGGCAGCUGCCCUACAAUCCGGAGCACUUCCACCACAGUAAUAAUUACAGUGCGGAUCAACAGCAAUAUUAUUGUAACGGGCCAAUGAAUCUUUAUGCCCCCCGGCCUGCCUCUUCCUACAACUACUACAAGCACGGCUACGACGGCGAUGCUCAUUCUUACUAUCACAAUCCUACUUCUCAUAAUUCCACCCUUUUUGGGUAUCAAACCAGUACCGCUUUCAGUGAUGAUAACCCUAAUGCUUGUUCUAUCAUGUAA